AUGCACAGGAGAUAUGGCCCAAUUGUGCGCAUCAAUCCCCGAGAAAUCCACAUUGACUCGCCAGAAUUCUACGACACAAUCUAUACUCGUAACGAGAAGCGUGAGAUUUGGGACGAAAGCCGUGUUGGAUUUGGGACAGAUGUGUCCACCGUCGUUACAGUCGACCACGAUCUUCAUCGCAAACGAAGGAGCGCCAUGAUCCCCAUGUUUGCUCAGCAGCGCAUAUACACUCUUCAACAUGUCAUCCAAGAACGUGUCGAUAUGCUGAUGUCUCGUAUUCAUCAGGCUGGUGAGCAAGGAGAGACUUUGAAUAUGAAGCUCGGAUAUGCAGCAUUUACAGCCGAAACAGAUGUCGCGAUGAAAUACUUUUUCGGCAAGCAUCAGAAUAAAGUAGAGAGCCCUGAUUUUGAUUUCAAUUUUCACAACGCAAUCGAAGCAGGUUUUCACAAGAUGGCUUUUCAUUUUCAUCUACCUUGGAUCAUGAAAACGGCCAGAGUAGUCGCCCACUACACACCAGCGCGAGUCCUCCGCAUAUUCAUGAACGGUGGCGGUAUGGCCAGCUUUAUUGCGGCCCAAAGACAAAUCCACAUACAGACAAAAGAGGCAUUACAAACACCUCUGGAUGAAAAGAAAGAUGGUAUCCAAAAGAAUCUGUUUGAGCAAAUCCUCGCCAGUCGUCUACCGCCAUCGGAAAAGUCCUUUGAGCGGCUUGCUCAGGAAGGUGGCCUCAUGGUUUCAGCAGCCACUGUCAGCACGGCAUGGGCUUUAACCUCAGCGACAUUCCUGUUACUUACACACCCGACAACACUGAGGAAGUUGAAAGACGAGCUUCGAUCCGCAUCCGUUAAUCAUACCGCUAGCGACGAGUCUUACGAUCUCGCGGCUUUAGAAAAACUCCCUUAUAUUCAGGCAGUCAUUCAAGAAUCAAUCAGAAUUGGAGUCGGCCCGUCAAGAAGAUCUCCUCGAAUCUCACCGGAAUCAGACAUUAUUUACACUGAUUCCAAUACGGGCAAGGUGUGGACCAUCCCUCCCAGAACCCCAGUCACUAUGUCGCAGCCACUCUUGAUGCGACAUGAAAAGACGUUCCCGGACCCUUACGCUUUUAGGCCUGAGCGCUGGAUGGAGACACCAGGAUUGGAUAAGUAUCAAGUAGCCUUUAGCAAAGGAUCUCGAGCUUGUCCAGGUAUCACAUUAGCGACGGCAGAAAUGAAGAUGAUGCUCGCUGCCAUCUUUAGCCGUUACGGAUCCAGUGAGGUGUCUGACAAACUCGACACCGGUGUACUGAUACUAGAAGAUACGGAUCGAACUGAUAUUGAGUGUGUCGGCGAUGGAGGCAUCGCAUACGUGAAAGAGGGUAGCGAGGGGGUGAAGAUCAAGGUCAUUCCAAAACCUUGA